GUUGAAAUUCUGACGAAGACCUCCUGCACAGUCCUUUAUGAAAAUGCGGAAAUAUAAAGAGUUUCAGAACUUCUGUUCAAUAUGCAGCUCAGCGGAGGAACAGGAAACAGCUACACCAUCAUUAUGCAUGCUGUGAAUCAGUGAAGAAUGAUGGCGUCUGUUGAAGAGCUGCUCGUGAACUCACUGAAGGCGCUGAUAGAAGCUGAACUGAAGGAGUUUCAUUGGCGCUUAACAAAUGCAUAUCAUAAGCAUAUAUCAAAGUCUGAAAUGGAAAAGGCAGAUAUAUUAGACACAGUAGAUAAGAUGGUGGAGUGUUUUGGACCAGAAGAAGCUGUGAAGAUCACGUUGGGCAUCUUGAGGAAGAUGAACCAGAAUAAUCUGGCUGAGCAGCUAGAGAACAAACACAAGCUAGCUCAGGCUGAGGACCAAAUGAAGGCAUCUGUCCCUGUUGAAGCUGAUUCACAACAGAUCUGUGCUUCAGAGGACAGUAAAACUUCCCUUUAUGAUUACACAAAAAUCAGCUUUAGACUGAAGAAAAAAUUAAUGCAGAGCUACAAGAAGAUAUUGGUUGGUAGUUCUCAGAGAGGUCAUCGGGAAUACCUGAACAAUAUUUACACUGAUUUAUAUGUGGUGGAAAACGAGACUGGUGGAAGAGUGAACGACCACGAGGUGAUCCAGAUUGAAUCAAAUCACCACCGUUUGACUGCCAAGGAGAUGCCUAUCAAAUGUAAUAACUUGUUCAAAGUCAAUUGUGACAGAGGUCAACAAAAUGGAAAAGUGCUGACAAUGGGAAUUGCAGGAGUAGGAAAAACAGUCUCUGUCAAUAAAUUCAUCCUUGACUGGGCUGAAGGAAAAGAAAAUCAGGAUUUAGUCUUCAUAUUUCCACUUCCAUUUCGUAGGCUGAAUUUGAUUAAAGAAGAAUACAGUAUCAUAGGACUGCUUAACAAAUACUUCUUUAGUAGUCCUAAAGAACUGCCCUCUCUUCCUGAAGGUGAUGGUAAAGUCAUGUUCAUCUUUGAUGGGCUGGAUGAAUGUUGCUUUCCUUUAAGCUUUAAAGAGGGUGACAAAUUAACAGAUAUUAAUGGAAAAACAACAGUGAGUAACAUAAUAACAAACCUGAUUAAGACACAUCUGGUUCCUUCUGCUCUCAUAUGGAUCACAUCCAGACCAGCAGCAGCCAGUCUGAUACCCCGAGACUACAUUGAUCAGGUGACAGAGGUGCGUGGAUUCAAUGAUGAGCAGAAAGAGCAGUACUUCAAAAAUAACAGCAGUCCUGAGGUUGCUGGAAACAUCAUCCGUCACAUCAGGAAAUCCAGAAGCCUGUACAUCAUGUGCCACAUACCUGUCUUCUGCUGGAUCUCUCUUACUGUUCUUCAGCCUUUUUUGGCACAAGAGAGAAAUCCCAAAACACCUACAUCUCUCACAGGGAUGUACACAAAUUUCUUACUUACUCAGCAGCAACAGGUGGAGAAAAAAUACAGCCAUGAUCUUGAAUGUAAAGCCAAUGCCAGGUCUUUUGAUAAGAUUCUUCUGAAGCUUGGGAAACUGGCCUUUCAACAACUGAAAAAAGGUCAACUGAAUUUCUACAAAGAAGAUCUUGAAAAAUGUGGACUAGAUGUCAGUGAAGGGUCAGUGUACUCUGGGUUGUGCACACAGAUAUUUCAGGAGGAAAAGGCUGUUUCAACAAGAAACAUUUAUAGCUUUGUACAUCUCACCGUCCAGGAAUUCCUUGCUGCACUCUAUGUGUUUUUGACUUGCAAAAAUGAGAAAAUAAACCUACUGAUUCAAUCAUGGAGAGAAAAACUGACUUGGAAACUGUCCAAAAAGCCACUAUUUCAGCUUCAUAAAGUUGCAGUCAAGAAAGCUUUACAAAGUGAGAAUGGACACCUAGACCUUUUUCUCAGGUUCCUCCUGGGUCUCUCACAGGAGUCCAAUCAGAGUGAUCUGAAGGAACUACUGCCAGCACUGGAACUGAAAACAGAGAAUGUCAAAGACACCACUGACUAUAUCAAAAAGAAAAUAGAGAUGGAGAGAUCAACAGAGAGAACCAUCAAUCUCUUCUACUGUCUGAAUGAACUGAAGGAUGACUUUGUGGAGGAAAUCCAGAAGAAUCUGAACUCAGGAAAACUUUCAACACAGAAUCUCUCUUCUGCUCAGUGGUCUGGUCUGGUAUUUGUACUCCUGAUGUCAGAAGAGACUCAAGAGAAGUUUGAACUCCAGAAAUACAGAAGAUCUGAUGAAACACUGAUGAGACUGUUACCAGUGAUUAAAAACACCAGAAGAGCACUGCUACAGUACUGUAAUCUCACAGCUAUGUGUUGUGGGAGUUUGUCAUCAGCUCUACAAUCCUCAAACUCUGUCCUGAGAGAGCUGGAUCUGAGUAACAAUGACCUGCAGGAUUCUGGAGUGAAGCUCCUCUCUGAUGGACUAAAGUGCUGUAAGCUGGAGAUAGUGAGAAUUUCCAUAUGUAAUCUGACUUCUCAGUCUUGUGAGAGUUUUUCAUCAGUUUUACAAUCUUCAAACUCACUCCUGCGAGAGCUGGACCUAAGUAACAAUGACCUACAGGACUCUGGAGUGAAGCUGCUUUCUGGUGGACUAAAAAGUCCAAACUGUAAGCUGGAGAUCCUAAGGUUUUCAGUAUGUAAUCUCACUGCUCAGUCCUGUGAGAGUUUGUCAUCAGUUUUACAGUCUUCAAACUCUGUCCUGAGAGAGCUGGACCUGAGUAACAAUGACUUGCAGGAUUCUGGGGUGAAGCUUCUUUCUGAUGCCCUGAAGAGUCCAAACUGUACACUGGAGAUACUGAGAUUGUCUGGCUGUAUGGUGACAGAGAAAGGCUGUGAUCAUUUGUCUUCAGCUCUGAGUUCAAACCCCUCACACAUGAGAGAGUUGGAUCUGAGCUACAAUCACCCAGGUGAUUCAGGAGUUAAACUACUCUCUAAAAAACUGGAGGAUCCAAACUGCUCACUGGACAAACUGAAUGUGGAUCAUGGAGGAGAAUCCAGGAUUACAGCAGGACUGAAGAAAUGGAUUUGUUUUCUCACACUGGAUCCAAACACAACAUACACUAAACUCAGUCUGUCUGAGGAGAACAGAGAGGUGACACGGGUGGACAAGAAACAGUCAUAUCCUAAUCAUCCAGACAGAUUUGGUCGUGUGUAUCAGGUGUUGUGUAGAGAGAGUGUGUGUGGACGCUGUUACUGGGAGAUUGAGUGGAGUGGAGAAUUUGGUGUGUAUAUAUCAGUGUCAUAUAAGAGCAUCAGCAGGAAGGGAAAUGUUGAGUGCUGGUUUGGAUGUAAUGAUCAGUCCUGGAGUUUGUUCUGCACUCCCUACAGUUACUCAUUCAUACACAAUAAUAUAGUGAAUAAUCUCCCUGUGAAUCCCAUCAGUCGUAGAAUAGGAGUGUAUGUGGAUGAGAGUGCAGGAACUCUGUCCUUCUACAGCAUCUCCAGAAACACAAUGAGUCUCAUCCACACAGAACAGAUCACAUUCACUCAGACGCUCUAUCCUGGGUUUCAUGUUGGCUAUAAAUCAUCAGUGAAACUGUGUUGAUGAAUCAGAAUAGACUGAUGAGAGAUUGUACCCAUAAUGCUUUGAGCUGCAUGAUGGAUCAGUAACAGUGAGAUGUUCUGGAGUCUCUUUAUGACAUUAAUACUGCAGCUCAACUUCUGUCACUCAAAUAACAGUCAGAAAUCCUCAUAUAGACAGUAAGUGUGAGUAUAUUUGUGUCUGAUGUCUCUCAUCAGUCAAGUGAAUGAAGCUGUCAGAAUACAAUGUAUUUAAGAUUUAAAUGUGUUUAAGUUAUAAAUUAAUAAAAAAUAUGCUAUGGUUUUAAUAAUACUCUUACAUAAACAGUUACUAUUUAUGCAAUUGUAAUUAUGUAUUUAUUAAUAAUAAUAAUUUCUAAGGAUUUCUAAGCUACCUUUCAUUGAUGACUACUGGGCAAAUGGAGACCAGGGUCCCUCAAGUUGCAAACCUCAUGUCAUCUAAGAGGUUCAGACUGGUGAGAAGGCUUGUCCAAUUUAAUGACAACACCCAGUUCCCUGGCACCAUCGACAGAUUCUUCAAAGUCCGGCCGCUGUUUAGUCUCCUGGUUACUGCCUUCAGAUGUGAGCCACAGACCCCCAAGCAGUCUGUGGAUGAAGUUAAAUCUGGACAAUAUGGGCAAAAUGAUCAUGAUUAUUGUUUUCAUAUUAGUCAAUAUCAAUAAUUAUCAUGAUAAAUGUCAAACCUUUAUCUCUUUCAAGUUUAAAGUCAGAUUGCUCCAAAGUUAGUAAGAAGUUGUAGAAACCAGACCAUUAAUUUUCAUUAACAAAAUAAAUG